CCAUUUGGGCCGCGGUCACUUGCUCGAGAGCAGUCGAGCAGACAAACACAGAGAAGGAAAGAGAAGCGGGAAAAGAGAUGUCUUUUGCGACUUCUAGGGUUUUCAAGGCCUGCAGUGCGCUAUUGGCUCCGGCGAGAUCGUCGGCUACGGCAGGCAACGCUACGAAACCUGCAUCCACUGCCGUUGCGAAAACAAAGUCUAAGCCGAAGCUGAAAUCGACAACACCGACUAUAUCUAAGGCCGCUGGCAUCCUGAAGGUGACACCAGUCUCGCCGGCUCUUGGCGAUUUCCUGGGGGCCCCGGAGUCCUCCCGUACCGAAGCGGUCAAGAAGAUCUGGGCACACAUCAAGCUUCACAACCUUCAGAACCCGGAAAAUAAGAGGGAAAUAUUUUGUGAUCAGAAGCUGAAGACCCUAUUUGAUGGGAAAGACAAAGUUGGAUUCUUGGAGAUUGGAAAACUGCUGUCCGGCCAUUUUGUAAAGACUGGUUAACUUCUGAUUCGGAUAUUGAUUCUGGGUAUUAGCUUUAGAUCGGCUUCCCCAACCCUCGGAAGAGCAGGCUCUUAUGAACUAAAUUUGCAUCCUUUUGCUUGUUGUUAUGUUCAUAUUUACUUUUAUUUUGAGAGCAGAACUCUCAGGGCUGGGUUAUGUGUUGAUCAGUUUUCAGUUGGACGUAUGGUAAAAUUAAUUAAUUUACUUAAGUUGCAUUAAAAAA